AUGGCUGAGGAAUGGGAUGGGCAAGAGGAGGCAGCACCGGGACAAGCUAUAACUCCCCAGGUGGGGUUGGCGGUUGAAGGUCGACCGAGGAGACCCAACGUGGUGGUGAAUGAAAAGCAAAUCGCGAAUGACCCGCCUGGAGUGCGCACAACACAGAACAAUGGCUUAGAGGCAUCCACGAGUGUCAGACGAGCUGGGGGAUCGGGACCACGACGAGCGGCAGAAGAAGAUGAGCACAUGGUGGUCCGCGGCAAGCAAGGUGGAAUGGUUAUUCAGGCAUCACGGGUGUUCAGUGGGGGAGAAACAGGAGAUGUACCGUCACCUGUCUGGCAACCCACCAAGGAACACCACUCCGAUCCGCGGAGAUUGUGGAUGCGGAAGGUGAUGCGGUCAUGGAACUUGAUGGAAUGCCAGCGCAUGAGGAUGAAGUGGGGGCCGACGCCCCUCACUGAGUGUUUGCUUCUUGCUGUGUUUCGGCUUUUCGGCUUUUCUUUGGUUUUUCUAUCUUUAUGCUUCUUUUCCUUUAUCUUAUGGAUCUGCUACUCUGGAACUGCCAAGGGGCGAGUGGACGGUCUUUCCACCGCGCCCUUAAACACCUUCUCCAGGAAUAUAAGCCCAAUAUUUUGGGCAUCUUUGAGCCAAAAGUGUCUGGCCACCAGGCUAACACGAUUUGCUCGAAGCUUGGGUUCUCGGACUGGGUUCGUGUUGAAGCCGUUGGUUUUAGCGAUGGUGACGCAGUUUGGUUACCCACCGUGGGUAUUCGCGCCUGUUUACGGGAGUCCGACUCACCACUUACGACGUCGGCUGUGGAGGGAACUGUCACAAUCUAAGCGGGGCGUGUCUGGUUCAUGGCUCGUAGCUGGAGACUUUAACUCAGUCACUUCGAAGGAGGAAACUAGUAACUACAUAUCCUUUUCCACCCAACGAAGCUCGGAUUUCGUCACUUGGAUUCAGGACGAAUGCCUUAUUGACCUGGGUUUCUCGGGGCCCAAGCUUACGUGGGUGAAAGAUGGGUCAACUGCUGCCUACAAAGGGGCCCGUCUCGAUCGGGCCCUAUGCAAUUUGGAUUGGCGUAUCCGUUUUCCGGAAGCAUCUGUCGUACACCUACCCCGAAUAGCAUCUGACCAUGCACCCCUUCUGGUAAGAUUACAAGGAGGCCGACAGCACUCUCAUAAUAAGCAUUUUCUUUUUCAGGCUGCUUGGCUGACACAUGAAGAUUUAGGCAAGACGGUUCAGCGCCUUUGGAGUGCCGAUCAAAAUCUCCUGGCAAAUGUUGAACAGGUAGCCACAGGUCUUUCAGCGUGGAACAGGGAGGUCUUCGGGAAUAUACACAAACGAAAGAAGAUUAUCAUGUCACGCUUAAGCGGCAUUCAAAAAGUUCUGGCCGAAAACAUGCAUAGAGGCUUGUUCAAGUUGGAACAAAAGCUGCGACUAGAGCUGGAAGAGAUUUUGUACCAGGAGGAACUGAUGUGGUUCCAGAAGUCCAGAGAGGAAUGGAUUACGUCGGGGGAUAGAAACACGGCGUAUUACCAUGCUGCAGCCACGGUCCGCCGAGGGCGGAACAGGGUUGCAAGACUCCAAGAUAGUAAUGGCGCAUGGAUUACGACUGAUUCCGAGCUGAGAAAGCAUAUUCAGCAAUUUUAUAUUAAUUUGUUUACUGAUUGCAGGGAGGGGGCGGAAGGCCAACCUUUAGAAGCACACUUUCCUCGGCUUAGACACAUUGACUGGGCUGUCUUUAAUAGGGAAGUGACAAAGGAAGAAGUGCACGAGGCUGUUUGUGAUAUGAAACCUUUUAAAGCUCCGGGACCAGACGGUCUUCCCGCAGGCUUCUACCAACACACGUGGGACGUGACUGGGGAUAACAUAUUUGCGAUGGUCUCUCAGGCUUUCAGACACGGCCAGAUACCGGAAGGCAUCAACGACACCCUUGUGGCUCUCAUUCCUAAAGUGCAGGUCCCGGAUACUAUCAAACAAUUUCGCCCCAUAAGCCUCUGCAACGUCAGCUACAAGAUCCUCACCAAAACCAUUACGAACAGGCUGAAAAGUAUUUUACCACGGAUGGUAGUUCCGUUCCAGAGCUCUUUCGUCCCAGGUAGACAAAUUUCUGACAAUGUGAUCAUGUACCAAGAAAUCCUCCACACCAUGCGGGAGUCAAGGGGAAACAAGAAAUACAUGGCCAUCAAACUGGAUCUAGAAAAGGCGUACGACCGGCUCUCGUGGGAUUUCAUCAAGGACACUCUUGAGCACGCGGGCUUCAAUGAACGGUGGAGGGACAUUAUUAUGACAUGCAUCACUACUCCGAGGCUUGCUAUCAUCUGGAACGGUGAUAGACUGGAGCCUUUCAGGCCGGAAAGGGGCAUUCGCCAAGGGGACGCCAUGUCUCCUGCGAUAUUUGUGUUAUGUAUGGAACGGCUAAGUCAAUUGAUCACUGCGGAGGUUGAUAGCCUCAGGUGGAAAGGCAUUAAACUGGCCGCCUCCGGCCCUACUAUGUCGCAUCUCUGCUUCGCGGAUGACAUGGUUCUGUUCACAGAAGCUACUUCAGACCAAGUGGAGAUCGUCCAAAAUUGUUUAGCUGUGUUUUGUGCGGCCUCCGAGCAAAAAGUCAGCCUCGACAAGUCCCAGAUAUAUUUCUCUAAGAACAUGGCGCCAGCUCUUGGAACCGGGAUAGCAAGCAAGUUUGGCAUCUCUGAGACCAAAGAUUUGGGGCGGUAUCUUGGUGUGCCUUCUAUUCAUGGGAGGGUCACAUGUCAUACAUAUGACGGACUCCUCGAGCGUAUUGCGACUCGGCUUGAGGGAUGGAAGGCUAAGACUUUAUCCUUAGCAGGAAGAGUGACUUUGGCAAAGUCCGUACUCAAUGCUAUUCCUGUCUACACUAUGCAGACUGCGGCUCUGCCCAAGGGCAUUUGUGAAGAAAUUGAGAAGAGAACUCGUCGUUUCAUUUGGGGCAAAAAUGAGCACAUCGGAGGUGAUAAAAUGAGUCUUGCAAGCUGGGAUUUGGUGACGAAACCGAAAGAAGCGGGGGGUCUUGGACUGCACCGUUUGCACGACAUGAAUAUUGCUUGUAUGGUUAAAUUAGGAUGGCGAUUACGCACCAACUCUAAUUCUCUUUGGGCCCAGGUAAUUAUGUCUAAAUACGGCAGUUUGGAGCAUGCAGCAGGCAGACGCAAAAGGUCAAAUGUCUGGAAAGGAAUAACCAUGGCGAAGGAAGUCCUCGACAAUGGCAUCACACAUCUCGUCCGGGAUGGCAGUGCUACCCAGUUUUGGAUGGAUAAGUGGAUUACGCCUAGACCUCUUUAUGACCAGCUCCAGAUCCCUUUGGGUCUACCUGAUCUCUACGCGACUGUGAGCGCAUACUGGGAUCAGGACCGUGGAUGGAAGUGGGAGAAGUUAGCCGAUACGUUACCACAGGAAACUUUGGAGCGUAUUGCAGGAUACAGGCUGACGGAGGAAGGCAUCUCGGAUGAAUGGGGAUGGGGACCGGGCCACCGGGGGCACUUCUCAGUCAAGUCGGCGUAUGAUUUCAUCACCAAUUCACCCGUGGACGCAGCAGAUACGGAUUGGAAAAGACUUUGGGCUCUCCGAGUACCCGCUCGAGUUUCGAUGUUUCUAUGGCUUGUGAAGCAUGGGAGAAUUCUUACAAAUGCAGAACGCGCAAGGCGACAUCUUACUUCUAAUGAUUUUUGUUUUCGUUGUGCAGGGAAGCGCGAGGAUAUGGACCACAUCUUCCGUGAAUGCCCAGCAGCGCGGCAGAUUUGGAGCCUGAGUCUCCAUACGCAAAUGGUCGAAAAGUUGAGAACUCUAAGCUGGCAGGAAUGGUUUACGGUGAACCUGCAUGGCGCCGCGACGCAUGGUUUCGACGAUGGAUGGCCUGAACGGUUCGGGAACAGACUCUGGUGGCUUUGGCACUGGCGAAACGAUGAAGUGUUUAAUCAUCAUCACAUCUCAGUCGAGCAAAAGAUUGAUUGGCUCCGUAGAUACGAUGCCGAGGUGGCCGGAGCGUUCGCGAAGAAAAGGCGUCCUCUCAAUAGGAAGCCUAUGACCGUGGAGACCAGUGUGGCUUCGAGGAAACCGCCAAGCGAUUGGGUAAAAAUCAAUGUUGACGGAAGCUGUCGGAGGAACAAAAUUGCAAGCUGUGGCGGUGCUCUUCGUAAUGACCGUGGUGAUUGGCUUUGUGGAUUUACAUAUAAGAUAGGACGAUGCUCGAUCGAAGUUGCAGAAGCAUGGGGCGUUUUGCACGGUCUCUGCAUGGCAAGGCAUUGGGGAGCAACCAAGAUCAUUCUUGAAUGUGAUUCCAAGUCCACAAUUGAAAGCCUGCGCAGGAAAAAGGAUUGGCACGGACAAGUUGACAAUAUUGGCAGGCUGUGUUUAAGUAUGGCAACUCAAUUCUCAGAGGUUCGAUUCGAGCAUAUUUACAGAGAACAAAACCAAUUGGCUGAUAGCUUGGCUACUAUGGUGAACGAGGAUCAACAGGGGUUACAGAUUUUUGAAGAGCCACCCCCGAUGCUUGCGAGUGUGAUUGAAAUGGACAAGAUUGGAGCCUCCUUAACGCGGCGCGUUCUUCAAGUCCCCCAAUCGGAUGUGUAG